UAUGGACCACAUGAGAGAAAUCAAAGGGACCAUAUACCUGGUGUGACAGAGAACCAUCGAUGACAGUGAGAGAGGGCGUGUUAAUUUAAAUUUGAGGCGGAAAUAUGGCUGUAACAUUAAGAGCGGUGACGUACCGAGCCCAGAGAAGACCCUAGGAGUUUAACUGGAUUCGUUCUGCUGUCGGAGACGCGGUACCUUAAGACCAGCUCUGUGGACGGUGAAGUUCUCAGCUUCAGCCAAAUGGCUCGCUUAUUGCAGUGGAUGUUGCUGUGGUCCUGUUACAUUGGAGCCGCCUCUGAGGAAACAUACACAGCCGCCUCGGUGCUGAAUAAAAACGAGUUGUUGAGGUUGUUGGGUAACAACAUUUUUAUUCUGCAAAGUGAGCAUCUCAACAAGUGCAUAACCGUGAAGAACCAAGUGCUUAUCCUUGACGACUGCAGUCAGCCAUCAAGUAACAUGCUAUGGAAAUGGGUAUCAAAGCAUCGUCUUUUCCAUCUAAGCAGCAGCAUGUGUCUUGGUCUGAAUAUUAGUGCCAAACAACCACCAUUAAAGCUAUUUAACUGUGGGUCAAUAAUACCAAUUUUGUGGUGGCAUUGCAGUGGUAAAGUAUUAACUAGUGCCUCUCAAUAUAAAUUGACUGUUGGACAAGGACAAAGUAUCAUAGCAGAAAGGACGGUGUAUGACAGAUGGAAGAGGUAUAUGACCCAGGAUGAAGGUCCAUGUGAACAUCCAUAUGAAGAAAUUCAUACUGUACUUGGAAACUCACGUGGGAGGCCGUGUGCUCUGCCAUUUAAAUACAAUAAUAAAUUGUACCAUGAAUGUACUAAUGAAGGGAGAGAUGAUAAACUCUUCUGGUGUGCAACCACCGACCAUUAUGAUGUUGAUGAAACAUGGGGAUUUUGUCCAAAUUUGGAUCCUGGAUGUGAUCUGCUUUGGGAAAAGGAUCCUUUUUCACCAAAUUGCUACCAGUAUAAUCUUCAGGCUCUUCAUUCUUGGAACGAGGCCCGUGCUUCGUGUCAGGCACAAGGAGGAGACUUGCUGUCUAUCAGAGAUCUUAAGGAGCAGGAGUACAUUGUCAAACAUUUGCGACAUGUUGGAAUUCUGGCAUGGAUUGGCCUGAAUCAAUUGGAUGAAGGUGCUGGGUGGCAAUGGUCAGAUGGAGAACCUUUGAGCUUUGUAAUUUGGGACACAGUUUUACUUUGUCCUCAUAGGUUUGAACAAGCAUUCAUUAAUAGUCUGAUCAGUAAUUUUGCCAGAGAAGAUCAUGAAAACUUCUGGAUAGGCCUUCAGGAUAGAAAUCAGACAGAAAAAUAUACCUGGUUAAUGGCAAAUGAUAAAAAUGCACCAGUUUCCUUCACAAAUUGGAAUAAAAAUCAACCAGGUCAUUCAGGUGGUUGUGUUGCACUGGUAAGAGGUAAAUCUCAUAUCCUUUGGGAAGUUAAAGAUUGCAAAACCUUCAAAGCGAUGUCUUUGUGUGAGCAAAAAGUUACAUCUGCUCCACAACCGAAAUCCUUCCCUGAUCAAGGCAUGAAGGCUAAAGCUAAAUGUCAUUUUGGAUGGGAGUCAAGUCCAGAUCUUCUGAAUUGCUUCAAGGUAUUUCAUCAUGAGAAAGUGUUAAAGAAGAGAACUUGGGAAGAAGCAGAACAAUUUUGUCAAGCAUUUGGAGCCCACCUUGCAAGUUUCAGCCAUUACAGCGAGGAAGUUUUUUUGAAUGAAAUUUUGGGAUGGAUGUUUGCGAGGGAAGAAGAAAGAUGGUUUUGGAUUGGAUUUAACAAAAGGAAUCCAUCUUCUGCUGGCUCCUGGUCUUGGAGUGAUGGCAGUGGAGUUGUUUCUUUGUUUUCACUUGACAAAGAUAAAGAUGAUGAUGUCAGAAUUUGUGCUGCAUACAAAUUUGAUAAAACGAUUGCGCCUUUUCGUUGUGAUGAAAAGCUGGGAUGGGUUUGUAAAAUGUCAAAAGGAGCUGAACUGAAAAAACCAGACUGGUACAUCGAUGAAGAGCAAUUUGCAUUUGCACCUUGGAUCUUCUUUCAAGGAGCUGAAUAUUUGUUUUUUGAGACAGAGGGGAAGUGGCUUGCAGCUGCUGUGGCUUGUAGUUUGAUGGGUAGCGACUUGGCAUCUAUAAAUACAGCCAAAGAACAGGACUUCGUUAAAAACAGAAUUGAAAAGCUUUUAACAAAUGGACAUGAAAAGUGGUGGAUUGGAUUAUAUGCAGAAAAUUCCAAAGCUGGAUUUCGCUGGAUAGAUGAUUCAGGAAUGUAUUACAACAACUGGGAUGACAAUUAUCCAAGCCGUUUACCCAAGCAUAGCGGCAGAUGCGUUUACGUGUCGUCAAAAACAGGGCGCUGGGGUGAUAGCAAGUGCUUUCUGUCUCUCCCUUUCAUCUGUGAACGUCACAAUAUAUCACUGAUAGAGGUUCACAAAGUUGAGAGUUAUCUUCCAGAUCUCUCGUGUCCAAAAGGUUGGCUGUAUUUUGAAAAUAAGUGUUUCCUGUUGUACGCCCCAAAGGAUAAGAGUCAGCUAAAACACUGGUAUUCUGCUCAAAUGUUCUGCAGUAUACGUGGAGGAACCCUGGCUACAAUAGAAAAUGAAAUAGAACAAGCAUUUUUAACAAUUCAGCUCCUGGAUAGAUCAACCAGUGUUUGGAUAGGACUGCACAGUGAUAAUUUUGAACGUUGGGUGAAUGGGAAGCCUGUGAAGUAUUCAAACUGGUUACCAAAUGAGCCAACACGAGGCACUGCAGAUCCUUAUAAAAAUGAUCCUACUUCAGAACAUCUUAAUAGCCCUAUCUUACAAGAGGAAUCAAAAAGGUGUGCUUUAUUAUCCAAUAGUCAUGCUUAUCAUUCCACAGGAAGGUGGUACACAAGAACUUGUAAUACGAACCAUUAUGGUUUUGUUUGUCAAAAGUACCCAGAUAAAUCUAUCCACCAUAUCAAUGCAUCAUCUCUCUAUCCAAUACUUGAUACUUUUGCAUAUGGAAACUACACAUACAAACUGAUUAAGAAGAAUGUAACGUGGUAUGAAGCAUUAAAUGAAUGCCGACAAAGAGGUACUGAACUGGUCAGCAUCACUGAUCAAUACCACCAAGCUUUUCUCACAGUCGUUGUGAAUAGGCUGUCACACCCGCAUUGGAUAGGACUGUCCAGCCCAGAUGAUGGAAAAAGCUUUAUUUGGUCAGAUGGUAGUAGCAAUAUAUUCAGUCAUUGGGCGGAGGAAGAUCCUCACUCAUCUCAGGAUUGUGGGUACAUGGAUAUAAAUGGCUACUGGAAGACCGCUAACUGUGAAACUCAACUGCCAGGAGCUUUCUGCCAAGUUUUACAAACUGCAACCUCAAGUUCCCCAGCUUACAAAGUGAAGUGCCCGAAUGCAUCUAAAGAACUACCCUGGAUUCCAUUUCGAGGCAAUUGUUAUCUCUUCGACUUGGUUUUAUACAAUUCUUCAAGCUUAACAAUGGAAAAAGCUAAAGAGGUUUGUGGAAACUUGGCUACAAAGUCUUUUAUUUUACAUGUUAAAGAUGAAGAGGAAAACAACUUUGUUUUUGAACAAAUCAGAACAUAUAGCCACAUUGUAGAUGAGAUUUGGUUGGGCAUCACAUUUGACAUAAUUGAUAAUGCAGUCAAGUGGCUUGAUGGAACCCCAGUGACUUAUUCAAAUUGGGGUACAGAAGAGCCUGCAGCAAAUAAUUUUACUGUUGGUUUAUGUGCUGCAAUGAGAUCCUCAGAUGGUGCAUGGUUUAUGACUGACUGUGGUGAGCGUCUUGGAGCUGUCUGUCAAACAGAUUUGAGUGGACGUACCUACAUCCCAAAACUACAAGGAUACGAAAUUGGAAAUGGAACAGUACUUAAAAUUGUAAUAGCAUUGGUGGUAACCGUGAUUAUUGUUUUGGGUACUAUUGGGUUCUGGUAUCUUUGGAAGAGGAAUCAACCUUCUUUCAGAUUCUCAGGAAAUGCAUAUUAUAGACAAACUACCCCUGAAGGUACCGAUUGUGAUGGAAAUAUUCUUAUUGCAGCAUUUGAAAGGAAUGGUGGAAAUUAACUAAGUGAAUCCAUACACUUACAGCACAAGAAAGACUUUUUGGACUUAAGAUUUUAAAUGAUGGAUUUAAAUGUUGACCCGAGAUUCAGCAAUUUAAUACUCAUUUAAACAUAGGUUUAAUCAUUGUCAUACAAUGUGGAUGCAAUUUUCUGCACAUUGUGCAUUCU